AUGUCCAAUGAAAUAGAUGAAUACUUUAACCGCAAGUCUACAGAGUGGAAUAUUUUUGAUUUUUUGAGCCUUGAAACCAUUGUUGAUUGUGAAGAAGGCAAGAAGAAGGAAAAAGCGAAAUAUCUCCUUCAAAGAUAUAGAGAGGAUAAUCAAACAGAUCGUCAAGAAGCAAAAAGAUGGGAAAAUGCACAAAGGUCGGUUAGAUCAGGGUCCUUAUUUCAUUUUUACAAUCCAAAAUUUGAGGGCAAUUCUCUGGUGGGAGAAGGAAUCAUUAAUGAUUUUCACCAAUCUGAGAAAAGAAGUCGGGAAAAGGAUCAUGGAGUGGUACCACCAUUAUAUACACCGACUAGAUCUCCAAUGUUUAAGGUGACAAAUAACUUACUGACAUGUUCAUGCCUGAAACCUGAAAUUAUUGUCGACGAAAAUGUCCUAACCUUUGACGAAACAAUCCAACUUGGUAACUCAGAAUGGAGGUUGUCAAGCGGAGAACUCAUCAAAAAUGUCCUUUCACAAAAAACCUCAAUGGUUCUGGAAAAUUUCAAAAAUGCAAAACUGAAUGCUUUCACAGCAAGUGUUAUUAGGCUUGGAUUGUCUUCCAUUGUGGAUUUAUCAUCCGAGUUUCCAAAUGUUAUGUUUAAAUUAUCGAUAUUGGGAUGCAUGAGAGUAUUUGCUAGAUCAAAUGAAGGAUCGUUCAGCCAUGACAAUUUAUCUUCAAAUCAUGAAGAUAUACUUCACAAUGUACACGAGGAUGGCAAGGAAAACAAGCUUACAGAGAUGGAGUUUGUCCUUAAGACAGUGGCCCCUGUGAUGGAUAUUAUAUUUUCAGAUAUGCAGGAAAAUAGAUUUGAGGAUCAAAACUCAAGAGAACUCAGCCAUAUUGAAUGUGCACAAGCGCCAACACCUGCUAAAAUUGUUCGAGAUCCAUAUGAAAAUACAGUCAUGUCCAAUGAAAUAGAUGAAUACUUUAACCGCAAGUCUACAGAGUGGAAUAUUUUUGAUUUUUUGGUAGAAUCUAAUGAAGAACCUUUUCAAUGA